UUUUUCAUUAAAAAAAGAUGGCCGCAUUUUAUAGUAAAACAAGUGAAAUUUUCAUUCAUUAAUUAAAUAUAAACAAAACUUUUAAAAAUGUAAUUUUUUAAAAAAAAAACUAAUCAAGAGUAUUUAAAUUUAGCAAAAAUUAUAAAAUUUAGCCAAUUACAAGUAGAUAAACAUGAAAUAUUUCACAUUUAAAAUCAGUGUCUGCGUUUUCACCGAAAUGAAUGUGAAUGAAGAACAAUAAUUGAGUGUGUGGUAUAAUUGAAAGAAAAAGUGGCAUAUAGAAAUAUAGUGUAUGAAGUAGAUAGAGAGAAAAGGAACAAAUAAAUGACUAUAAACAAAAACGAAAAAUAAAAAAAAAUCGAAAAAAUGAAAAUGAGAAAAAUGUUAUAGAAAAAUAAUUUUAUUUAAGAAAAGUUAAUUAAGUUUUUAAGUAAAUUCAUACUUUAGCAGACAACAAAGAAAAAUGUUACAGUAUAAAAAUUCUACGCAAACAAAUGCGGCCUCUAACUCAACCACGCCUACGCAGACACAGCAAGUACAGCAACAGACAACGCAAAAUGCCCCCGGCCAGCAGGUUCAAACUCAGGUUGCACAACCUACCCAGGUUAAAGCCACCUUUGUUAAUGCUCCGGGCCAACCACAAAUGACUAGUACGGCUUUGCCAAGCAAUCAAAUACCACUGUCACAGAUUAUUAAUUUGCAACAGUUACCACAGCAGUUUAUACAGGCUUCACCUCAGCAAGGUGGACACCAACAAGCCCAGGCAUUGCCACAAAAUAUGUUUCAAAUUGUACAGCCAAUGCAAACCGUAAAUAUUGAUGGUCAAGAGGCUAUCUUUAUACCAAACCUUAAUUCACAGAUUUCGGCCGGUCAACCUAUGACUCUAAACGGACAGCAAGUGUUUCUAACACCCAAUGGACAGAUUGUAAGGGCACCUCAGGCAGCUUCUCAGCCUACUGCGGUACAAUUGCAGCCGAAUACACAGUUUAUACAGGGAUUGGGGCAAACUAUACAAAUACCUGCUGGUUUAGGAGGAGGCGGUCUACAGGAACAAACACUUUUUACCAUACCGGGUACAAAUAUACAAAUACCAGUGACAACCAUACAUAAUCCUCAAACUACACAACAGUUGCAACAACAGCAAUUACAGCAAUUACUACAACAGCAACAACAACAGCAGCAACAACAGAAUCAAGCUCAUGCACAGGCCCAAGCUCAAGCACAGGUUCAGGCUCAACAGCAAGCCCAACAACAGGCUCAGCAUCAGGCCCAGCAGCAAGCCCAACAACAAACACAGCAACAGCAUACAACCACAAAUGUCAACAAUGCAAAUUCCAAUCAAAAUCAAACAUCAACAAAUUCUUCUGCUUCCGCCAACAACUCAACAAAUUCCUCUCAAACCACUACUACUACCACAACUCUACCCAGCACAAUAACAAUACCCGGUACUAACAUACAAAUACCCACCUCCGUGGCGGCAGCAAACGGUCUACUAGGCAACAUACAGCAGUUAUUAGCGGGCAAUACAAACACGAUUAAAAUUGACAAUGGUCAGACACUGCAAAAUAUACAAAUACGUCAGGCUACUCCCGGUAGUGCUCCAACGCAAUCUCAACUACAGCAGAUUGUGCAAUUCCCACAUGCCCUGCAACAGCAAACGGCAACCGCACAACCACAGCCUACAAUGCAACAAACCACCGUGGCGGUUCAAGUCCCCAUACAGACAGGAGUAAAUGGCCAAACAAUAUAUCAAACGGUUCAUGUGCCAAUACAACAACUGGCCUCAACAGCUGGAGGUAUUCCAACUGCGAAUCUUUUACCCACAGCUCAACCAAUGCAAAUGCCUCAAAUUAUACCCCAAUUUACUCAAAUUGCCCAGAUCGUUACACCCAAUGGUCAAAUACAACAAGUGCAAUUAGCACCACUAAAUGCUCUAACUUCGUAUCAGCAAUUGCCCACCAAUGCCAAUAUUAUUCACAUACAGAAUGCGGCUCAACAACAGCAAGUUCAGGCGGCAGUACAGCAACAACAACAGCAGCAGCAACAGGUGCAACAGCAGCAACAACAGCAAGUUGUGGCAGCCCAACAGCAAGCCGCCGUUGUAGCCCAACAGCAAGUUCAACAACAACAGCAGCAACAACAACAGCAGCAGCAAUUGCAACAAUUACAGCAGCAACAACAAAUCAUAAAUGCCAUAAAUGCCGCUAACGAAUCGGGUGCUCAAAUACCGACAAACCAACCGAUAACCAUCACAAAUGCUCAGGGUCAACAGGUGACUGUUAUACCCGCCCAACAUUUGCAGCAAUUACAAAGACCUGCAACGCAAACUACUGCUCCAACGGGAACACCGCAGCCCACGCAACCCUCAACCAAUCUAAUACAAUUGCAACAAAUACCGGGUCUUCAAGCUCUGCCCAUACAAAAUAUUCCCGGUAUAGGUCAAGUGCAAAUAAUACAGGCCCAGCAGUUACCACCCAAUUUACAGCCACAAAACAUACAACAACUUUUAGCAGCCACAGCACCAACCGGCCAGCCUCAUCAUACAGCACCUUCACAACAACAGCCCCAGCAACCCCAACAACAACCUCAAUCCACUACACAACCCCAGCAACAAACAAUGAAUCCACCUACUCAAUCUGCUCAAACUAGUUCCACCACUACCCCAAAUGCCACUACAGCCGCCACUAUACAGUUGCAACAGACCCCUAGCACUAACAAUAAUAAUUCUUCCACGGUUUCACAAACUACACCCUCCACUACACCCCAGUCGCCUAGCAGUAGCACCGGUUUGCAACAACCCAAACAGGAGCCUCAGUCGCCCACUCAAAUUGGACAGACUUUAAUAACAAACAUUAAACAAGAACCACCAGAUAGUUCUCCGGUUUCAAGUAUUAAUAGUGGCCCAAAUGGCGUACCAGCUGGUACUACACAAAUAAAAUGGCUAAUGCCACAGGCUACAACAGUAACACAGGUACAGCAGCAACAAGCUCAAUUGCAACAAAUUCAACAGCAAAUCCAACAAGCCCAGCAACAACAACAGCAGCAACAGCAACAAAUUGUUUCAACCAUCGACAGCAUGGCAAUACCAGUGACCAUACCUGCAUCUUUACAAAUCACAGCCAUCCCUCAGGGACAACAGCAGCAGCAACAACAUCAACAACAGCAUACGCAGCAGCAACCACCAAGUCAGUUUGUAUUACAACAUCAACCAACACGUAAUGCUUUAAUAAAACCUCAUUCAUCACCACAAAUACUAACGGCUGCCGGAAAUACAGCGACCACUGUAACGAAUGCAACAGGAGCCACACAAAUAACCAUUGCUACAACAACUGCCAAUAGCAAUAACUCUAGCAAUAAUAAUCAAACACAACAACAACAACAGCAGGGGACGACAACUAACCAACAACAACAGUCCACAUUGCAACAACAACAGCAGCAAACCGCCAAUAUCCCACCUCCAUCACAAACCUCCGUCAAUGUCAACAUCAAUUUAAAUGAUCCCGGCAAUUUAGGUAUCAAACCACGUUUAAAGCGUGUGGCCUGCACUUGUCCCAACUGUGUAGAGGGUGAAAAUAAAUCGGAUCGGAAAAAACAACACAUCUGCCAUAUACCAGGCUGUAAUAAAGUCUACGGUAAAACUUCCCACUUAAGAGCUCAUCUAAGAUGGCAUACUGGCGAAAGACCUUUUGUCUGCUCAUGGCUAUUUUGUGGCAAACGUUUUACCAGAUCCGAUGAGCUACAAAGACAUCGACGAACGCAUACAGGCGAAAAACGUUUUCAAUGUCCCGAAUGUAAUAAGAAAUUUAUGCGUAGCGAUCAUUUGUCAAAACAUAUAAGAACUCAUUACAAAACUAGAUCUCCCAUGGAGCUAAUGGAGUUACAGAAUAUUGCCAUUAAACAGGAAAAAGCAGAAGGUGGUGGAGAUAUGAAUGCCAUGCAAGGCUUGCCAGGAAAUAUAGUGAAUAUAAAUUUACCACCCCGCCAAGAUGGUAACCAACAACAACAGCAGGGUACAACAGUUGCUGGUUCAACUAUUGUUUCAAAUAAUUUGAAUAACUCCCUCACAUCGGAUAGUGGAGGUGGUGGUUCUACUGGGCCAGGUGGUAUGGGGGGCAUAAUGCAGAAUGUAGAUCAUGCCAAUAGUUAUGAACACGAUGAGGACUGUGAUGAUGAAGAUGAGGACGAAAUGGACGACGAGGAGGAUAGUGGAGAUGAUGAGGAGAAAAUGACCAUUUCGAUUAAUGAAUUUCAAGACAAUUCUAACUAGCAGGACAUUGAUAUGCUAAUAGAACAAUAUAUGUUUGAUGAUUUUUGAAAUGUGCUAAACAACUAACGUGAAAUGUGAUUUAAAGAGAGUUUAAGCUGAGAAUUUUCUAUGAACGAAGAGUAAAUUGCGACGGCAAAGAUGGUAAGAAGUUUUAAAGUAGAUUUUAUGAUUUUAAAGUUUGUUUCUCUUUAUGUUUUCUAUAGAAACGUGAAGAGACAUUAAACUUGAGAAAUCUAAAACUUUUAUAACAUAAAUUCAACUUUGCUUUCCAGAUUUUGUCGCAGUAAAUAUUGUAUAUAAAAUAGGAACGAUUUUUGUAGGGUAUUUUUAAAUAAAAUUUCGAUAAUUUUUAUAAAUAAGUAUUUGAAAUAAUAUAAAGUAUUUUGUAAUUUAUUAAGUUAAGAAUUAAUAUCAAAUUUUAAGAAAUUAUAUUUAAAAAUAGUAGAAAAACGAAAAAAAAACACAAAAUAUAUUUUCAAUCAACAACAACUAAGCAAAAAUGAAGUAAAAUAACAUGUUUUUUCCAUUAACAACAACCUCUAACUUGUAUUUUAAACAAAAUAUAACAAAAAAAAAUAAAUUUCAAAUAGAAAAAAUUUUGAUUUGUUUAAAAAAUUGCACAUAAUUGAUGUAAAAAGACUAUUAUAUAAAUGAACAAAAACAAGUACUUAAGUACUUUUAACGCAUAUUAAAUUGUAAAAAUUUUUAUAAAAAAAGAAAAUAUCAAAAAUGCUAAACAUUACAAAACAGUGGAACCAAAAUGGGAGCAUUGUUUAAAAAUUUAAAAAAGAAAAUAAUUCUUUUACAUUUAUAUUUUUUGUUUUAUAUUUUAGAAUGUCGUUGGAGAAAUGUGAUACCCAGGACUAAUUCCUUAAAAAAAUUAAAAAACAAAUUAUAUAAAAUAACUACUUAUUUAUAAUUAUAUUUGCAAAAUUUAAACAAAUAAAAUGUUUCUGUCAUUAUUUAUAAUAAAUGUAAAUAAUUUAUGUGUCUCUAAAUGUAUAUAGUUGAUAUAUACAUACAUCAAUAAGUAUGAAUAUAACAUUAAAGUAGUUUAGAUAAUAUUUGCUGUUCAAGAUGAAACAAACAAAAUAAAUUUUGCAAUUUUUUUACAAUUUUUAAUAUUUUUUGUUCGAUUAAAUGUUUUUAUACUUUAAUGUAAACUCUAAUUACGUUUAAACAAAUUUUACAUUUUUACGUUUUUUUAGAAUUUUAAAUUCUGUUAAGAGAAAUGCUAUUAUUUGACCAUAAUAAAUAUAUGUAUGCUUUUUGAUUUUUCUUUAAAUUUUAGUUAAGUUAAGAUAAAUUAUAUUACAAACAAUUAAAAUAUUUCUAUAUAUUUUAAAUGCACUCGAAAAUAACAGAAAAAUAUAUAUCAUAUUUCUU